CAGGAUAGGCGUUGGUUGACCUACUCCGGUGGUUGUCACUUGGGUCUGAAGGACGGAAGAUCUUAUCACGCUGAGGUGCUUCGGGCCGGAGACGACGGAUCCGUCGAUGUGCAAUACACCGAUGCCGGCGAAUGGGCGUCGGGCAACAGUGGCUUCACCAAUGGCCAGGGACGAGUUCGCCAGGACGCCUUUGUGGAGGCAGACGUGGACGUGGAGAGAGUGCAGAUGAUGCCCAAGAGCCGUUGGUACUGGUCCUUUAAGGAUGUGUGGGCGCCCUGCGGUGGCUUCUCGCAGAUCUCCUUAAGCUUCGGUGACAGCGGCGAGGGCUCUUCGGUGCGCUGCUUUGUCGGAUCUUCGACCGAGGAAGCGACGGCAGAGAGUUCCAGUGAUGACGCAAGCUUUCUGAAGCUGGCGGAUGCCUUCGCAGAUUCGCUGCCGGCACAUCGUUUUAGAUGUCGGCUCCUGUUGGGCGAGAUCGAAGACCGGCUCGCGGAGGAGAAGAAGGUCAUUGAGGAACUCGCUACAUCCGCAGAGGGUCUGCCACGUCAGCAGCAGAUGGUUGCGGGGAAACGGCUUUUUUUGAAGCUGCUCAGAGUCCCAUCCUUUUGGAAGAAGUGGGUAGAUCAGGGCGGAGAAAGCCCCGCGCAAAUGACGACGUUGUUCAAGAAGGAGAAGUUUGUACGCUUGAUUAUUCAGUAAAACAAAGCAGAUGAGCCUCGGCUGCUGCCUGUACAGUGUACAGUGCUGGGCCUAUCUGCAGCCUAUCGGGGCUUCACGGCUUCGUCCCGACCAGUUGGCCUUGGAAAAAAU